AUGAAGCAACAUUCACGUCUCUAGAUAUAUGCAAUUCUGCAAGCUUAUCAUAGGCCCACAGAUAUCCAGGCAACCAUGCCCCUAGCACCGAUUUAGUUGCGUCUAGCUCAGUGAAGCUUGGCAACUUCAGUGUUAUAUAAUUUGACCGUCUUGGUGCUUGAGAAUGGAAUUUAUUCACUGAAUCUACCUUCGCUUCACUACAACAUGCCGCGCACCGCACCAAAGGAGUCUGUUUCCAACAGGGCUCUCCGCUCCACUCGGAGUUUUGGUGUUCAGAAACCGAGCACACCACCGACUUCUAGGAAACGUCGCACCAGAAACAUUCGCGUGGAAGGUCAAUACAAGGAAGGUCAUGUCCAGACACAGCCAGGUGCUGGUCGAAAGCCAAAGAAGGCCUUGGCUUCAUAUUUUCAACCAUCCCAGAAUGAAGCCUCUGACCCAAACCGGCGGGCGGCGUUAUUUACUGUGCCUGUGGAGAUGUUGCGUGCAAUAUCAUCCCACCUUCCGCCUGCGUCUGCUGUCUGUCUUACCUUGACAUGUAAGCUCGCCGUCCAGACCUUAGGCACAACAUCCUGGAACGAUGAGCGCGUCCGCCGGCGUCGUUACUUGGACUAUCACAUGGGAAGACACCAUCGGUCGUCAUUGAUAGAACUCCUGUUUCACGACCUCAGACCUCUAGAUAUGAUAUAUUGUGAACGAUGCACCACGAUUCAUAGACCCCUGAAGAGGCCAAGUGCACACAGAGAGACAAAACUGACCAAAUACUGCUGGGGUCAAGAUGCGAUUAUCGACUACUACCCAAAAAGCGAGCUUGGCGGUUAUAGUCUCGUGUUUGAUCACAUCAAACAUGUUAUAGAAACCACCUCUCCUAACUCUAGCUGUCCAAUCGAGUACCUUUCUGGCUCCUUCCAGAUCCCAAAUCCCAAUCUUCAUUACACCCUCUCUACCUCCAGCCGCCGCAUCAAUGGCAACAUCAUCAUCCGACACGACUACGUAUUUCGAACUUCUUCGCCUAAAAUGCCUCUGAAAGUAACAGAUGUCCUGGGUCUUCCACUGAGGAUUUGCCCGCACCAAUCUACUACAACCAUGACUCCACCUUCCGGACGGUAUACCAGGAACCCAUCACCGAACGGUCCCCUAUUUACUCAUUCCAUCGCGUAUGCCUUCCCCGUUUCUCAGAGAACGGGUGUCCCGCCGAACAAGAUUUUCCGGAAACCGACGCCGCUCGAAGAGCAGAUGCUUCGUUCCCUUGAUUUAGGAGAGGAGAAGAUCAUGAGGUGCAGGUGUUGUCCCACAAAGUGGGAUGUCAACUAUUCAGAAGCACGUGCCUCUAGUACAGCAGGACGUGGUGAGCUUACGAUUACAGUCUGGCACUGUUUAUACAGCCAACUUUACAUGGCAGCCAGGGUCUGGCCUUGGUUCGUCAGACGCGAAGGACAGCUUCUCGGGAAGUCGAAAAUGAACACUGAGUUUUGGAGCCAGACCAGAAGCUUCGCAGAUUUCAAGACUGACUGACUGCCUACACAGCAUGUACUCUAGAGAAAAAUACCUGUCGUUUAACUGUUAUCAAGAACUACAUACUUAUCGCAUAG